CAUCGCAGACACCUUACUUGAAGGCGAAAGAAGAAAGAAGAAAGAAAUUGGCCUUCAAAUUACCUAUUGUUUGCAGAGAAUUUUGGAUCAGAUUUGUCAGUAGAUAUCUUCGCAUAAGAACGACGACGUUCUUUUCGAUCUGCAUGAACCAUGGAAGGCAAUUACCCGCCUGGUUUUUACUGUACUGACAGAGAUCAACAAGAAAACAGACAACAUCAGCCUCCACAACAACCACCACAACAGCAACAUGUUGCACACUUUCCCAUGGACAUACCUAUACCGUACCACACAACCUCACAACACCAGUCUGAGUUUGUUGUGGAUCAACCUCUUCGAGCGUUUCCUAUACCACAUCCUGGGGCUCCGAUGUUGAGCUCAAUAUAUCAUGAUUCUGCCCAUGGAGUUUCUAAUGCAGGCAUUAUUCACCAAGCUCGUCAGCAGCUUCCUGUCCACCUCAGGGGUCAUGGGGUCAAAUCGUCGACCCUGUCGGCAAACUAUGCCCCGCCCAUCACAACUCAUGAACCAAUCCGAGAGAGAAAUGACCUGCCAAUAACAACUCAUGAAUCUGUAUCAAGCAUCAUUCAGCCCCUAACAACUCCCGAAUCAGGUGCAAAGAGCAAUGUGCCACGACCACAAGGCCAGACAUCUACUGUCACCGCUUCAGUGAAGGAAAUACAAACCAUCAAACAAAGAGAGCAGUGUUCAUCCUCUUCACAUCAAGCAAGUGCUAGUUCAUCAUCUUCAGACACCUCUAAUCCAACUCCAAACACCUCUAAAGACGAAUCACAGCUGCUUGCCGCCCUCAAUCUCAAAAAGACCAAGUCGAUUCAAGAUCUUCCACAGAAUCUCUUGUUUAGAGCGACACCGGAGGGCAAGGUUGACGGUGUGGUUGCUAAGGAGAGGAUAGAGAAGGGGGUGGAGUUUGGACCAUACGCAGGAACGUUGCUGGAUGAAGAGCAGGGAUGGACUAGAGAUACAACAUGGGAGGUUUGUCUGUCAGAUCUCAAUGCAUUCCUCUACAUCGAUGGUCAGAAGACGUGGAUGCCUCGGGUGAGAUCCGCACGCAACGAGGAAGAACAAAACAUGGAAGCCUACCAAUACUACGGGAAAAUCUUCUACAGAAGCACAAUGGUCAUCGAACCAGAGAGCGAACUAAGGGUCUCCUACAGCCUGGAGUAUGCUAAGCAUGUUGGAAUGGAGACGAGAUUGAAGGAUCUGAAAUAUAAUAAAGAUGCUCAGAAGUUCCAAUGCAGCCAUUGUGAGGGUCUGUUCUCAUCUGCCAAACUUAUCCUGAGACACAUCCGAUGUGAACACAGCGAUGGGGAACCAUGCGAGAUGAUGCCUGCGCUGGCAUGGAAACGGAAAGGAAAGAAGAAAGGGAGAGAGAAAUCAGUGGCAAUCAAGUUCAAGUUCAACCAACCCAUCAACCACCCCAUCGUGAGGAAGAGAAAGAAUAGCGAGGAGGAGGAGGAGUGUGAUUUCAGGUGUGGCACCUGUGUUAAGUCCUUCCCUUCCUUGGGCAGACUGAAGGAGCAUGAGUUGUUCCACGAGAUGAUGCACGGCGACAAACCGUACGAAUGCAGCGAGUGCAACCAAAGGUACACGGCACAGAGUUCCCUCAAUAGGCACGAGAGGGAGGUCCACGGGUUCCUCGACGAUUACAAACCCAGGAGCCGACCCAAACGGUUGAAGGCGCAUGUACCGAAAAAGCCACUUCACUGUCGUUACUGUGGCCAAGGGUACAAAUCACGCGGUGCACUCGCGAACCACGAGAGGAGAAUCCAUGGCUCUCGGCACCCGAUUCGGGAACCGGACCUACCGAACGAUGAGCCCAAGGAUAUGCUUGGUAGACCCUCUGAUUACUACCAGCGACCCUUCAAGUGCCGAUUUUGUCCAAAGAGAUACGUUUCCUGGACAACGGUUGAACAACACGAGAAGGAGGUCCACACGAGAGAAGGCACUUUCAAGUGCAGUCAUUGUCCCAAGGUUUGCGCCAGUGAGAGCCGUCUGAAAGAGCACCUUGUCGUCCACAAGUACAUGCAUAUGCAUCGUUGCACGCUCUGUCCGAGAAGCUUUGCUUCAGAAAGCGCUUUGAAUAACCAUCAAGGAGAACAUACCGGACUGAAGCCGUUUAAGUGUGAAAUCUGCAGCCGGGGAUUCAGAACUCGAAAAUUAACUCUUAAGCAUAAGCAGCGCAUGCACCAGGAACGCCCAAAGCGCUAUAUUUGCUCUAUCUGUAACAAAGGAUUCGCUGAGAAAUGCAAUCUGAAAGUUCAUGAGCGACGCCACAAAGGCAUCAGGCAGUUUGUGUGCUUGGAGUGUGGUAAAGGGUUUACUGCAAGAUUUUCUCUCACAGCUCACAUGCAAGCCAUGCACAUUAAGGAGAGACCAUUCGCUUGCGAGAUCUGCGGGAAAUCGUUUGCCCUCAAUCAUCACUAUAAUCAUCACAUGGCUAAACAUAGGCUAGAUGGAGAUGAUAGCAUACCGCAAUAAAAAUACACAAAUUUCAAAUCCAUCUCAAUUAAUUGUAAAAGCACUGUGUAUUCUAGGCCUGCGCAGUAGGUAAGGCUCGUUCAGUCACGAUGCGACAAAUUGUGGCGAGUUUAUUUCAUGACGUUAAGUGUACAUGUAAUAACCUUCACAUCUCUAAAUCUUGUUCGUUCAUUCGUUCGUGUCUCCUUAGAUCAAGAUUAAUGUAUCUUGAUGUUCGGAUCUACAAACGGCAGUGUCAGACACGUUGCCCAGGGGUACGAGAUAGGACUCUUGUUGUAACACAGAGAUCAGUGAAUAAGCUCUUUGUUGCACGCAAUUGUCAUUCAUUUACUCUCAAAAAACUGCGGCAGUUUAUUUUGUGGCAGUUUACCGCACCAUAUCUGAACAAGCCUUUACUCUCUCUCUCUCUCUCUCUCUCUCUCUCUCUCCUUCUCUCUAUGCCACAAGUUUAAAUCUAGAAAAUGAACUUUCGUCUGCGAGCACAGACUCUAAUUUGACACUUUACCACUAAUCCUGCAGCCUUGAGUAGAACCUAGCUCUGUCAGUCUGUGGCUGUGUCCCGAGCAGCUGAGGUACAGCGCCUAUGCAGUAAACUGUCAGCCUAGUCUCACGCUGCAGACACUGCUAGGCACAGCUACUGACAAGGAAACGUGCCUACAAACAAAAUACACUUUGGGCAAAAGGGUUUUCAAUUAUUUUGUCUUUUUUCAAUUUGAUACAGACAUUUUUCCAUAAUAUCUGUCUGAAUGAUUAUUAUUUUCAAUUUCAAGAUGAAAUUUUAAUCAAAAUGAAAAUCUGGGCAGUUCAAACAGUCAAUGAAAAUUGAAGUAUCAAAUUUUGAGAUGAAAAAUGUUUUCAAAUUGGACAUCAAGAAUGUAUGAAGAUUAUGUGGAUGGUCAAUGUCAAAUGUUGUUAUAUUAACACUUGUGAUAGGGAGGGAGACUGUAAAUUCAUAAUUUCUUGUAUUAUAAGAAAGAGUAAGCCUUGUAAAUGGAGAACCAAUCAUGUCAUUUCAGAAUUUAUAGUGGAAAUGUACUUCUUUAUAAAUUUGGUGCGGUGCAGGUUUUGAAAGCUUUAGGUACUUCUGAAAACUAAAAUUUUGGGUUUUAGAUGGAAACUGUACAGAGUUAGUAGAUUCAUUCAUCUUUUGCUAGAACUUGACAUCAUGAAACAAAGUCAACUCACAAAGAUGUGUUUGUAGAGUAGGCAUUCUCUUUCUAUGUAGAAAGGUUAAAGAUGUGCAUAUCAAUUUUUUUUCUCCAGUUAGGUUGUAAAUUGUUGUACAUUUAUGUAAAUAAUGUAACAAGUUUGAAGGAUCAAUAUCUCUGUUUUUCCUCACAAAUUGAUAAUCGUUGAACUUUGUGUCCAUGUACAUUCUGUUAAGGUACAUGUACAUGAAAUUUCAUUUGGAGAAACAUAUCACCAAAAGAAAUAUACAAGUGUCACCAUUUCAGAGAAAAAGCUAAUGAAUUAAGCUUUAGGUAACUCAUGCGUGAUAGACUAGUGCUGCCUUUUACCAACUCAAUUUUGUAAAGUUAUCUGUAGUCACAUCACUUAUAUAUUUGAUAACUGUAUACCGUACUUGUAUUAUUUGUGUGCUCAUACAAUAUUUCAGCAUCUUGAUGUCAUUGUCAACUUUCAUAUCCGCUUUAAAACUAUAUAAUUUGUUUAUCAAUGUAAAAAGAAUAAUUUUGCAAUUUUAUGAUAACAUGCAUGAUAUUUGUUUGCUACUACAUUUACAUCAGAUUUUUCUUAUUUCAACUUAGAAAAAUUGAAAAAUUUCUUUUCAUUUUGCCGAUUAAAAAAAAACAACCUUUGCAAAUAUCUACUCAUAUUUUCCUACUCAAGCUAAUGUCGUGUUCAAAUCAUGAUAGUAAUUGUAAGCGUGUCGCAUGAUGUAGUCUGUUUGUAUAAAGAUGUAAUAAAUUUCCUAGAAAAAUGUACACGA